UACGUGGCGUGCGUAUCUUUCGUACUUUCUAUUUCUGUGCUUGCACGUGAAUAUAACUUAAUUGCUAUACUUGAAUAUAGUUCAGAAUCAAAAAUACACGAUGUCGAAGACUAUGGAAUCAACAUUCGCGAGAGUUGUGUCAUAAAAUUAAAGACGUCUCACGAAAAUUAUCUGAAGGAUGUAUAAAUCUCUUCAAAAAAUGCCGCGAAACAUGGACGUGAAAUAACCUUUCUAACAGCUUUAGACAAAUAUUGAUUUUGUAUUUUUCGAAGUAUUAAUUGAUAAUUUUAUCGCAUGAUUUUUAACUCGCAUUAAAACUCAGUAUGAUACCAAUUAGAAAAAAUUUCUCGGAGCGCCCUGAUACGUUCGCAAAUAAAUACACUCAGGAAGUCAAAACGAACUACUUUUUUUCGCUGCAAUGCAACAAGAAUACCGCCAUACGUUUCGAUACGGAAUCAAGACGAGCUUCGAAAAUAUCCACUUCGACAAUCGAGACGUAUCUGAGAAUAAGUCCAGAGUCAACACUUGAAGAGAAUCACGACGAUUUGAGACCUUUUUUAACGUUACUGCCGUUCGAGGAUAAAUUCAUUCGAAAUUCGAGAUGCGCGAAAUCGAGCGAGGCCGAGGGCAGGCGGCAUGUCUUUACGAAAAUCUUCGGAUCAAAAACUUCGCAGGCGGAGAUGUUCGAGGGAUCCAUAAAACAUCGAGUCGUGGAGUUCCUCGACGGUAAAAGUUCGACCAUCAUGACUUACGGCAUGAGGGAUUCCGGGAAGACUUACACGCUGUUCGGCAAUUCCGGGUCGCCCGGUAUAAUAACGCACAGUAUCGAGCUUGUGUUUUCGGCGAUAAACUGCACCAUAGCGCCGUGGUACAAACCAACGUUUCGGGACACCGUGCUCCGGCUGAACGAGGCCGCGCGGACCACGGAGAUGCAGCGGAAGACGCGAGUAUUAAACGAACGGAUUAUAGAGGCGGAGGCCAGAAGAUUUCUGAGGAACUUGCGGCCGAGGAACGCGGAUCCUGAUCAGCGAGACGGGGAUCCUGAUCUUGAAGGCGAGGAGUGCUAUAGCGAGUCGAUGUACGCCGUAUGGCUGUCCUUCGCGGAGAUUUACAACGGAAACGUUUACGAUCUGUUGGACGAUGCGGAAAGACGCUCCCCGUUGAGGUUGUACGUGAACACCGAAGGGCGAACUUGUGUUUGCGGUUUGCAAAAGGUGCACGUCAUAACCGCACUGGAAGCCUGUCAGAUUCUCUUGGCGGGCCGAUCGCGAACGAGCGCCUUCGCGACAGGAUCGUGGAGCUCCCGAUCGCACACCAUUUUUACGAUGGAAUUGCUGAAAUAUCAGAAGGAUCACGCCGCGGAAGAUGUGGUGCUUAGCACUUUGACUUUUUGCGACCUGGCUGGCUCUACGCAGUUCGAAAAAUCGCACAAGCUCGAAGCGAGCAGCAUCAACAAUAGCCUACUGGUACUUGGUAGAUGCCUCAAGGCCAUGAGUCAAAAUCAAAUGGCACCGUUUCGCCAAUCAAAUUUAACGAGGAUAUGUCAACGGGCUCUCUCGGGUGAAGAAAAUCUGAGUAUUAUAGUGAACGUCGUUUUUCGGCCGGGUCUCUGCGACGAAAUACAGAGCAUUUUUAAAUUCUGUGACAUAGUUAGAAAACUACAAAUUAAUCGUCACAAUGGAUGCAAACAAUUUUGCGAAUUUGAAAAAACUAUCCGUGAUCUUGAAACAUGCGAUGGUAACGUUUUGGCGUCACCGUCUAGUCAUCAGAGUUUGUUUGAGACCGCAGAAACGACUGGCUGUGUCAAUUCGGCGUGCAAAGAUAUACAGGAGCAGAAUAGAAGACUAAAGGAAGAAUUGGAAACUGUGAAGAGUGAUAUGCUAAAUUGCGAAUAUACAAUUCGGCAACAACUAGCCGACCGUUAUUCGCGCAUGUUCGAAGAGCUGGAAGGGACUUACAAAGAGAAUACCAAGAAGAUCGAAACUGAGGGACAGGAUCUGUUGAAAUGGUCGGUCGAACAAGUCGAAAGCUUUUACAAGGAGCGCAUCGAUAAUCUAAUGCGGCGCAAGAAGAGAAAGCGAAGCGAUAGCGGCGAUUACGUCGAGGACAAUCGUGCGCUUUGCGAGGAGUUCGAGGCCGAGAAUGCGCAGGUUACUUCCAAGAUGGUGGUUCUGAAAGAAACGGUGAAGAAAUUGCGAAAGGAGAACAGGACAAUCCUCUACGAGAAGAACAAGUGCAGCUUCGAAUUGGCCUUGGUGACGGAAGAAUUGAAAAAGUUUCGACAGCUCACGCGAGCCAGGAUCCGUAAGUGGGGUGGCAACGAUGAAAACAUCAAGGACGAUUGUCUCAUGAACAAUCUGGAACAGUUAAUGGAUGAAAAAGUGGAAAGAGCCGAGAGGAAACUUGAGGAGAUGAGCGAAUACAUCCGCGCGAUGGAGAACAAUGACGCUGAAGCUGCUUCUGGAGCGAAACAGAAAUUAUCAAAAUCGGGCGAUCUUUCGAAUGAUACUUUGAACAGGAUGAAAGAACUGGAGGAGGAACUUUUACGCAAAGAAGCUUGCAUUAUCAGACUGCAGCAUCACUCACAAUUGCAAGAGAGACAGCUUGCUGAAAUUCAACGGGGCUUGAACGAUACAAAAAGUGACAGUACAAGCGAUGGAAAGUGCAGAUGUGACCGAUCGACAAAUAUUUCAUUUGACGAUUAUACGGCAGACGGCUCUUUUCAGGAUAACACGUCUGUUGAGAAAAAUUCCCCACAGAUGUGCGUUAAUUCAUCCAUUAAUGAACAACACGAAAUUAACGAUUGGAUCGUCGUUCCAACAUUAUUUUCUAGCUCUGUCGAAUCACCGAAGAAGAAUCUUUCGAACGUGUCAAACGUUGAUCGCAAAAGUCUCUUCGAAAGUAGUGGCAGUAUGGAUUGCAGCGGUUCUAGAUCGAGCGAAAGAAGCAGCAAAGAUGACUCGGGUGUAAGUAGCGAAUUACGACGAUCUACCAGCAUAAGUAAUCGCACAAUUAGCCGCGAAAACGAAGACAAGUGCACGCAAACUUGCGUCAUCGACGAGGACAUUCAGAAUGCAAUGGAAGAAAACGUGGAACAGUUCAAAGAUAGCGCGAACUUGAAUAAAUGGAACUAUCAAGAGACGUUACAUGUUGCCGAAUUGUCUCAAAAUCUGGAAACUAUCCGGGACGUGAUUUACGCGUUGGAUCACGAAGCUGCUUGUACGAAUGAAUAUCAGUUGUUACGUAAAGAAGGAGUGCUGACUGAAGAGGAGAAUAAAAUUGCAAUCAAGCGCGAUGGUUUAUUCAAGGUGAUAGAGAAUGAAAUUCAGGAAUACAAGCGUGAGAUUCGCGAGCUAAUCCGCAAGCUGGCAAUUAAGGAAGAAAAUGAGAGUCGAAUUUUCAAAUAUUUGGAAAGAUACAUAGACAGAUCUAUAGCCUUUGAAAAUAAAUUAUCUUUGAUGCGUAAUCGACUGGACAAAGCGUAUAGUAAAUGCGCGAACGAACACUUACCGAAGAUCGAAAGUCUGGAAGAUGAAGUGUUACGAAAGACCCUGCAGAUAAACGAGCUCGAUGGAAGGAUCGCUAAAAUGCAGCGCGAGCUCGCGGAUGGUUACGAAUUGUUCCAGAAGAUACACGAUUUUGAGAUUAUUGCGAACAGAUGUCAGAGAGACAAGAACGAGCUUUACAGGCAGUUGCAUGAAUGCUCCGAGACCCAAUUGACUCUCGAGGAUAAACUGAAGAAAUUAACAAUGAAGAUAACGGAAAGAGAGAGCGAAGUUAUCUCGUUGAAGAGUGAAGUACGCAAUAUAGCAGAUCUGAAUGUCGCGAACAGCGAGAAAGCGAGAAAUCUGAGCGAGCAAAUUACCGAAGCUGACGAAAGUAUCGGUACGGCUAAGGAAGAUCUGCAUUGUUGUCAAGAUUUGCGUAAAAAUGUGGAGAGCACCAUGAAAGCGGAAAUUCGCGACUUCAGAUCUUGGUUCUCGGAUCAUAAAAAUAAUACAGCGCUCCUGAACGAAAUUUGCAAGACUUAUGACGAUAGCCAGGAUGAAAUAACUCGUUUAAAGAUGCAACUGGAGCAGAAAGAAUUAGAAGCAAUUCUACUUAAAACUAACAGAGAUGCUAUAAUAAAAAAAUAUGAGAUUUUAAUGAGACAUUUUCAAAAUGAAAUCGAAGAGAAGAACAAACACUUUAAAACUGUUGCGAACAGUUCAAAUAACUUGGAGAGAUCUUUAACCGAGAAUCAAAGUCAGCCGGAAGAAACCUUAAAAGACCAUGAAGCGGAAAGUAGUUUCGCGAGCAGUUCCUGUUUCGUGCCUAAACACGUUAGUUCAGAGGCAUUAAAUGUUACUUCAACCUCAAGUGAAGAUUCCAUAACUUUUUCCGAUGAGAAAGGUAGUAAAUUCAAUGAUAACGAAUCCUGUCAGACUGAUACCAGUAAAAAGUCAACCAAGACAGAUACCAGUGUAGAGUCAAAUAAAUAUAUUCGUCUAAUUUUACGUCCGCCUGUACGUGAAACUGAUUGUUCUGAAAUAAAAGAUUAUUCCAACAUGAGAUUACGAGGUACCGAAGACAAGAAGAAAAAAGAUGGGAUGGAAGUUAGAAGGAUCUCUGGUAAAACCGCACUUUCACAACUCUAAACAGAUAUUAAUAAUGAUUCGGAAACAACAACGUGACAGUAAGCAAUAUAUCCAAAUAAUUAAUGAUCGUUCAAUUAUAUAUAAUUCUUGUAUAUAAUUAUUGAUAUUAAGAAUAUUGCCGCGUGCAUUUUUAAAAUAAUUUGACAUUUAUUUAUGUUUCGUGUAUUUCAUGUAUUUCGUACUCCGCUGAAUGUUUCGUAUACAAUUUUAAACACGUGUCAUACUUUAAAUUUAAUAGAGAAAAAAUUGUGCACGUCUCAAAUGUUAUACGUUUUAAUCCAACUGUUAUAUGUUUAAUUUGUAUUGUUGUCUCUGUAUUGUUCUCUCGUUUGCACACACAUUUAGCUCAUAAAUUAAUAAACUUUUAUGUAACCUUUACAUAUUUUUUCAAUAAUUGCCAACAAAAAA